GUGGCAUCAAAAAACCUGGUCGUUGACCAUCAUGUUGAUCAGCGUCUGCGAUUUUUUUAUAUUAUCUCUUUGUUCUUUUGCUACCGUUAUUUCAUAAUCGUUCUUUGUGUCUUGAUCCGUUACCAUCCGUGGUCGGCUUAGGCGCCGAUCUACUAUCUAGCAACCACUGCGUUAUCACCGAAGCAACACGGCCCCAUUUGAUCGAGAUCGCUAUCAAUGCCCUCGUCGAAUCCCCCACCUUCGAACUGGGAUUUCACCCCGGUGAUUAACCUCCUCCGUUCGCCUACGUACAGCGGUGGUGACCAGGCGGGAUCUUCCCGCCACUCUGAUCCUCUCGCCACCCCGGCUGGCGAAGAGACUGCCGAACAUGCUACCAGCCCUAGUGUCUCGGUGCCCAGCAUAGACAGGGCCGCGGGGGACAGCUCUGCACCCCAACUGGGUGACUUUGGGUCUCUCUGGGGUCUUCUCGGAAAUGCUUCACCGCCGACUGGUCGCAGCGAUGCUCGAGUCGAAUCUCACCCAGAAGCCCGAGUGCAGGUCACUCAACAACCUGCGGAGCAGGUCAAACGAGUCGAGAUACUCCAGCGGCCUUACAACAAGAGCAAGGGCGGUAGCCCACCGACUCCCCUGAAAAUCCUCAAACGUCCCUCGAACAACAGCAACAACAAUAACAAUAAUGGCACCGCCAAUAAUGACGAAAAGGCCCGUGCGACCCCCGCCAAGCCCAUUCCUAUUCCCAAGAGCAUUCCGAAAACACCGCAAGUGGUAUCCCAACGCAAGCCGUUUGGAACCGCUCAACAUCCGGGCCGAGCCUGCUACGACCCAAGCUCGUCCGAGAGCAAUGCAGAAGGGGAGUCAGAUGGCGUCUUUGACACGCCAUUGAACAAAAGCCGUGCUUUUUCUAUGGUUCCUCCCCAGGUGGGUGCAACCGCAGCCACUUCUGAGCCAACCGAGACUCCGCCGUCUUCCUUCGACGAGCUGGACGGGGCCCUUACCCCCAAAGCCCUCAAUCAACCACCCAGAAAUGGGUCCACACCGGCACUGCCUACCUCCCGCAAAUCGGCCAAAGAGCGACAAGUCAGCCUCCUGACCAAGCUCAUGACGAAUUUUCCUGACUAUGCCGAAACCGUAGCCCAAAUGGGGCAGCCGACGCAGUCCCAAGCGGAGGCCGUCCGCUCGCGCCCGAUCCACGUUUUUGUUGACAUGUCUAAUAUUAUGGUUGGGUUCCACGACGCCGUAAAGGUGUCGCGAAACAUCGCCAUCACAACGAGAAUCCGUCGACUCCCUCUCUCGUUUAAAAAUUUCUCUCUCAUUCUUGAGCGGGGCCGGCCCAUCGCCAAACGGGUCCUUGUUGGCUCGGAUCGCUUCGCGGCGAUCAACGAAGGCGAACGCCUCGGCUACGAGGCCAACAUUCUGGACCGCGUCCACAAGGUCAAACACCUGACGGCCCGGCAGCAGCGGUUCCGCAAGAACCCGCCUGCGCGGGCCGGCUUGCACGAUGCCGCCGGUGGCAGCGGAUCUGAAACGAACGAUGCCCCGGACGGUAGCGGCGGCGAGCGGUGGGUCGAGCAGGGCGUGGACGAAAUUCUGCACCUGAAGAUCCUAGAGAGCCUGCUGGACACGGACGACCCGGCGACGAUCGUGCUGGCCACGGGCGAUGCAGCCGAGGCGGAGUUUUCCGGCGGGUUCAUGAAAAUGGUGGAGCGCGCGUUACGGCGCGGGUGGAACGUCGAGCUGGUCAGCUUCUCCAAGGUGACAAGCAAUGCAUAUCGCCGGAAGGAAUUCCGGGCGAAAUGGCGGGAUCAGUUCCAGGUUAUGGCGUUGGAUGGGUAUAUUGAGGAAUUGUUGAUGUGAUGUUGAUCAUCAUGCAUGAUUAUGCACAAGCUUUAGAGCGGGGACAACACAUUAUAAGACUGGAUCUACAUCUGACGGUGUACAUAGCCGGAUGAUGCACGAAUACUCUAGGAUAUAUUUUCAUAGAACCACGAUAAACUCAACA